GUUAAGGCCGGGCAGUAAAGACAUCAUUAGGCAAUACACUUUUGACAGAUCAUAAUGAAAUAAAUUGCUGUAGAAAUUAUGGCGCCGCUUUUGCCUUGGAACCUUGGUGUCUGUUUGGCGCGAGUCCAGAACUUCCUGUGGCGCACCGUUGCUCACUUUGCUGCUUCUCUGUUCUCAGAUGGGAGGACACAGUCGACGAAGUGAACACUUACUGUAGCCUACUCUCUCUCUUUCUCUUUCUCUUUAUCUAUAUCUCCCUCCCUCUCUCUCUCUCUCUCUCUCUCUCUCUCUUUCUCACUCUCUCUUUCUUGAACGCACAAACAAAUAAUCUUGUACUCGACACGCAGAGUCUGGCUCACAACUGCACUUCAACCUCCAGACGGCUGUUCCACUCAAGCGAUGAAAGGGUCCGUUUCACCGCUUGCGUUCCCUAACUUCAAGCGAGACUGACAUUUCUGUAAAUGUCGAUGGUGUUUUGUCUGGACCGAACCGCCCUUGAAGACUGUUGAUAGGCUACGUCUCGAUGGCAUGUAUAAUAACCUGCUACGAACGGAGUGGAGACUAAAAACGGAUAUCUGUCGGUAGGUGAGGCUCAGUCAGCAUCUAGGCUCCACCCCCUGCCCUGGCAUGGAAGGAAAUGAUCAUCCAUUUAGAAGGUUGAAGUUGAUGAGUUCGACCAGUCUGAGUGACCUGGGGAAGAGUGAGAAGGCUGCAGCCUUGGAGGAUCGGGCCACACAGCACAGGAGGCCUGGAGCCAACGCCACAUGGAACAGCAUCCACAAUGCCGUGAUAUCCGUGUUCCAGAGGAAAGACCUGGGAGAGAAUGAGCUUUACAUCCUCAAUGAGGGAGUCCGGCAGCUGUUGAAGACUGAGCUGGGAUCGUUCUUCACUGAAUACCUCCAGAACCAGCUUCUCACGAAGGGGAUGGUCAUACUGAGAGAUAAACUACGCUUCUAUGAAGGGCAGAAGCUGCUGGACUCCUUGGCUGAGACCUGGGACUUCUUCUUCUGUGACGUGCUGUCCAUGCUGCAGGCUAUCUUCUACCCUGUCCAGGGGAAGGAACCCUCAGUGAGGCAGCUGGCUCUUCUUCACUUCAGGAACAUCAUCACUCUGAACCUCAAGUUGGAGGACUCUCUGUCCCGACCUCGUGCCCGCACCCCCCCCUCCAUCAUCCAGAUGCUCCUCAUACUGCAGGGGGUCCAUGAGUCUAAAGGGGUGAGUGAGGACUACCUUCGUCUGGAGGGUCUUCUACAGAAGGUGGUGUCUCCGUACCUGGGCACCCAGGGCUUGUUCUCCCCCGACGGCUCCAACAGCCACUGCUCCUGUGUGCUGGAGAAGCGUCUUCAGAAGCGUUGGCCGAGGCCUGGCGACCCCCCCACCAAGAACCCGGUGGUCCGGUCCCAGAGCUACAACAUCCCCAUGCUGACGCCCGUGGUGGAGUACGACCCCGAGGCCUCCUCCACUGGCAGCAUGGGCAUCCGCCGCCACUCUGUCUGCGAGAUGACUUCCUGUCAGGAGGAGCAGAGCUCCAUGUCCGACACCACCAGCUCCUCCCAGGUCUCCACGGCGUCCCUGGCCCAGCCGGGAAGCCCCUCCCUGGGGCAGGAUCCAAGCCUGACAGGGGGGAUCCUGGAGGGACCCCAGCUUCAAAUCCAGCUCCAGCCCCGAUCACAUUCCCCCUCAAUCUUCCCCACGCACUCCCCAGGAGGGCUACUGCAAGCUGGGGAGCUGCUGGUGUCUCUGACCAGCCCUCCCACCCUUCUCCAGGACACCUCCUUGGAGGCCAGCAGCUCGUCCAGCCCAGAGACUGUGGUGGACCAGCUGCUGGAGUCCAUGGACUCAGACCCAGAUGGAAUCUUCAUAGACUUCCCAUCUACCUGUUCUGGGUCUUCCUCUUACAGCAGGGAAAGUGGCCAGCAGAGUGUAGUAUAAGGAAACAAGGGCAUACAGACACAUGUGCACUGUAGAGAUAUGGAUGCUUUAUACACACACACACGCACACUAUACACACACUUUUCUUAAGUUGGUUUUUCAAAGAAUCUACCCUUCUGGGGUAUUGUGAUUAUUUUUGUUAACUACACUUUGUAGUGUUUAGGGAACUUCUGUUUCUAGUUGAUCUCUACCUCUCUGUUGGCUUUUGGAUGCUCCUGAGUGACCUAAAGAUGCUAUUUUGCUGAAUUCAUACUGAAUACCAGUGUAUUCACAUACAGUACUGUUUUUUCUCAACUAAUCUCUUACCUUUUUGAUGGAUAGUCCCCUUUGUCAAUGUAUGGGACUGUUUCAAUGUAGCUGCAUAGUUGGAUGAUAUCCAUAUCAAAGAUGUUAACUGUGUGCAUUCAGUUAUGAAGAAUGUGUAAACAUGACCCCUGUAAGCAAUCUAUGAAGGCAGACUUUUUAGUAAAUCGGUUUAUUUUCUAAAGGGAUGAUAUUAUGUUGAUCUUGCACCUCUCACUUUCUAUAAAUCUAUUUCUAUACAGAUGGUCGAAAAUGUGUUUUAAUUAAAUUGUAGUCG